ACUUGGUACACUUUCUGCACAUCCCUAGUGGGAGAAGAAGCCAUCUUGCUUUUUCAUCGGAAAAUUUUCCAGAAAUUACGGUCGAAAAUUACGAAAAAACCACUAUAAAAUUGGUUGGAAAAUUUUUUAAAAUUUCAAUUUAGUUCGGAUAAGUGAAAAAAGCUCGGGUCGCGUGCAAAUUUUGCCCCAAACGACCGCUGGAGAAUUUUUUCCACCAAGCCAAAUGGGUGCGAAGCUGACGACGUAAAAAUUUUUGUGUGUACCAACGAAAGAGCGGAGAAAACGGACGGCGCGAGAGCGCAAAGCGGAGAGACCGAGGAAACACUCGCGCACUGUUGGUAGUGUGGCAAGAAGAAGCAGCAGGCAGCAGCAACAGCGCAACUCGAGAGUUUUCUCUCUCCCUGUGACAAUUUGUUAGUGUGUGUAGGAAAAAUGAUGGAAAACUACGAAGAAAUUUGCCUGAGCCAUAUUAAGGCCAAGGAUCUGGGAGAUAUGGCCGAAGUGCAGUGCCAGAAUGCUCCAGAGUUUUUUGCACCAACCAAGUUUGAUUUUGGCGCCGAAAUUCUCGCCACAACGUCAACCGAGGCAGCGGCUUCGGUCACGACAGAGUCAGAGACCAUAGCUACAGCAACAUCAACAAUAGCAACAAGCGAACUGGCUGGCAAAGCAAAUGGUGAAAUCAAAACAAAAACAUUGGCUGCCAGGGAAGAACAAGAAAUUGGCGCCAAUUUGGAGCAAGACAUCAAAAAUACAAACAAAUUGGGAGCCUCCACAAACUCGGAGGGCGAGGACGAGGAGGAGGAGGAGGAAGACGACGACGAUGAGGACGACGAGGAUGAUGAUGAGGAUGAAGAUGGCGAGGGCGAGGGCACCAGCAACGAGGACGAGGACUCCAGCUCCAAUUGCUCCUCGACAGUGGGUCCCGAUUGGAAGCUGCGCUGGCUGCAACGUGAGUUUUACACAGGUCGUGUUCCCCGCCAGGUGAUUGCCAGCAUCAUGCCGCACUUUGCCACAGGUCUGGCCGCCGACACCGAUGACUCCGUGCUGUGGGACUACUUGGCCCACCUGUUGAACGAGCCAAAGAGGCGCAACAAGCUCUCCAAUGUAAAUACUUUUGACGAUGUCAUCGACUUGGAAAAGUCGCAGAAAAUCAUUGUGCUUACCGGGGCCGGGGUGUCCGUUUCCUGUGGCAUUCCCGACUUUCGAUCCACCAACGGCAUAUAUGCGCGGCUCGCGCAUGACUUUCCCGAUCUUCCCGAUCCGCAGGCCAUGUUUGAUAUCAACUACUUCAAGCGUGAUCCGCGACCCUUCUACAAAUUCGCCCGAGAGAUUUAUCCAGGGGAGUUCCAGCCAUCGCCCUGCCAUCGGUUCAUCAAGAUGCUGGAGACCAAAGGCAAGCUGUUGCGUAACUACACGCAGAACAUCGACACAUUAGAGCGCGUGGCGGGUAUCCAGCGGGUGAUCGAAUGUCACGGCUCUUUUUCCACGGCCUCAUGCACCAAGUGCCGAUUCAAGUGCAACGCCGACGCCCUGCGUGCUGACAUCUUUGCCCAGCGCAUCCCAGUCUGUCCGCAAUGCCAGCCAAAUAAGGAGCAAAGCGUGGACGCCUCUGUAGCCGUCACUGAAGAAGAACUCCGUCAGUUGGUGGAAAACGGCAUCAUGAAGCCGGACAUUGUUUUCUUUGGAGAAGGUCUGCCAGAUGAAUAUCACACAGUAAUGGGCACGACAAAGACAUUUGCAUUGCUGAUCGUCAUCGGAUCCUCACUAAAGGUACGACCUGUGGCCCACAUUCCCAGCAGCAUACCGGCAACGGUGCCGCAAAUUCUUAUCAAUCGCGAGCAGCUGCAUCACUUGAAGUUCGACGUGGAGCUGCUGGGCGACUCCGAUGUCAUCAUCAAUCAAAUUUGUCACCGACUCUCGGGCAACGAUGACUCCUGGCGGCAGCUGUGCUGUGAUGAGUCGGUGCUCACUGAGAGCAAAGAGCUGAUGCCACCAGAGCAUCAUCGCCAUCACCAUUACCACCAUUCAUCAUUGCACCACCACCACCGUCAUUGCAGUGCGGAUGAGAGCGAACGGCAAUCGCAACUGGAUACAGACACACAGUCGCUCAAGUCCAAUGGCUCGACGGACUACAUUCUGGGAUCAGCUGGAACCUGCUCAGAUAGCGGCUUUGAAUCCUCUACGUAUACAAGCGGCAAGCAGCGUUCAAGUGCCGCGGAUGCCGGCAUUGAACGCAUAAAGACAGACAUCCUGGUGGAACUAAACGAGACCUCGGCCGCCCUCAGCUGUGAUCGGCUGCUGCUGCAGGAACACCAAAGCACCAGUGUUACGGUGGAAAGCUAUCGUCAUCUGUCCAUCGAUUCCUCCAAGGACAGCGGGAUCGAGCAGUGCGAAAACGAAGCCACCCCCAGCAGCUAUGUGCGUCCCAGUAAUCUUGUCCAGGAGACGAAGACAGUGGCGCCCAGUUUAACGCCAACGCCAUCCCAGCGAGAGAAGCGUCAAACGGCAGCCGAGCGCCUAAAGCCAGGAACCUUUUACUCUCACACCAACAACUAUUCGUAUGUGUUCCCUGGAGCUCAGGUUUUCUGGGACAACGAUUACAGUGAUGAUGACGACGAGGAGGAGGAGAGAGGCAACACACAUACGGAUAUCUUUGGCAGUCUGGGGCCCAACUAUGAGGAUGACGAUGAAGAGGAAGCCUGCGAUCUUAAUGCCGUUCCUUCGCCCCUGCUCCCACCCUCUCUGGAGGCACACAUUGUCACUGAGAUAGUUAGUGGCGCUGACGAACCUCCGGCCUCUAACCUAAGUCCCGGCAAUAAGCGUCCCGGCUGUCUUCUUGAAGAACAGCCUGCGGUCAUGCCAUUACCCGCAAUUGAGACGGAAACUCCGCCCCUAAAAAAGCGUCGACCCAGCGCGGAGGAUAAAGAGCAUCAGAACACGCAGACCCAGGAGAGUCCGCCGGGACAAUUAACAGCAGCUUCAGCAGCAGUGUAAAUGUACAUUUGGCCCUGCUACUAGUUUAGUAUUUAUUUUAAAUCCAAUAUAAACCAACUAGUAAACAAAAGGCACACCGACACACACAACUCGCAACAGAAGAAACAAUGUCGAAGAAGCUCCGAAUUUGAAGCAGUUCGCCUUCUUCCCCCAUUUGCACUCCAGAAAUUAGUUUGGUAAAAUUGGAAUAACCAUUAUUUUCAAUAUUUUGCUUCCUACCGGCCAAAUUUGAGCAGAGGCGCAAAUAGGGAACUAGGACCACUAGAUUACUCAACACGCGAGGCUUUAGAGACACCCAAUCCUCGUUUCUUGAAAGUUAAAACUUACACCAACCAACUCCUCCCUCCCAAUUAUGAUAUUUUUCUUUGCGAAAAGCUCUUAGUUUAUUUAUUAUCACCUAUUGCAAAACGAAACGCUGUAAAUGUUAGUAUUUUAUUAUAUUAAGUUGUUAUUGAGGCCUUUUUAGAUAAAACGGAAAAAAGAGAUGAGCGAAAAGUGGGAAAACCCCCUACGAACCAGGGGGUUUUUAUUUGUUUUCAAAGAAAAUCAGCGCCUCAACUUUAAAGCUAGAAUUAAGAAUAAAAUAUUCAAUACUAUAAAUGAUGUAACAACCAGAGGAAAAGAAAAAACAUUUAGACUUAGUUAAUAACUAGACACAAACAAAAAACACACACACUCUGUAUAUAAGCACUAUUCUUUAAUUUGUACUGUACAUUAUCCUUUUCUACUCUUUUUUGUCUCUUAUCUCCCUAUCGGUUAUGGCAACUAUAUUUUCAACAAUUUUACACUCACACACCCACAUCAGAUUUGAUCAGAAUAUAUAUACAUACAUAUAAAUGUGGUUAUAUAGAAGCGAAUACACCAGUUUCGUCAUUUGGUGUGCGUGUUAAAAGUGUUUAAUCAAAAAUUAGCAUAAAUAUUUAGCCACCAAACAACACAGUGUAAACUUAGCAGUAAGAAUUUAGUCUGUAUGUCAUCAAAGUGUAUUAAUAUCCACAAUAUAAACAACUCUAAAAAAGAAAG